AUGCGUUUCUCCGUUGCUUCCGCUCUGGCCAUGGCCAGCACCGUCUCCGGCCACGCCCUCAUGUACGGCGUCUCGGUCAACGGCGAGGACCAGGGUGAUGGUCAGAACGUCUACAUCCGAACUCCCGCCAACAACAGCCCCGUCAAGGACCUGUCCAGCCCCGACAUUGUCUGCAACGUCAACGGUGGCAAGGCUGCCCCCAAGUUCGUCUCCGCCGCUGCUGGUGACACCCUCACCUUCGAGUGGUACCACGACAACCGUGGUGACGAUAUCAUCGAUGGAUCUCACAAGGGUCCCAUCAUCACCUACAUUGCCCCCUACACCGAGACCGACGGUACCGGUGCCAUCUGGACCAAGAUCCAGGAGGCUGGUCUCUCCGGCGGCCAGUGGGCUGUUGACAAGCUCAAGGCCAACGGUGGCAAGAUCGACUUCGACCUUCCCUCCGGCCUCAAGGCUGGCAAGUACCUGAUCCGCCAGGAGAUCAUUGCCCACCACGAGUCCGAUGCCACCUACGACCAGAACCCUGCUCGUGGUGCUCAGUUCUACCCCUCUUGCGUCCAGGUCGAGGUUACCGGCUCUGGCAGCGCCGUCCCCGAUGAGGGCUUCGACUUCAACACCGGUUACAAGUACACAGACGAGGGCAUCCACUUCAACCUCUACGGUGGCGCCUCCACCUACAAGAUCCCCGGACCUGCUGUCUGGUCCGGCACCAGCUCCGGCUCUGGUUCCGGCAGCGGCUCUGGCUCUUCUCCCUCUGCCUCUGCCCCUGCUGCUUCCGCCCCUGCUGCUACCUCUGCCGCCCCUGCUCCCGCUCCCACUCCUACCUUCUCCACCGUUGUCCGCCCUGAGGCUCCCUCUGCCACCCAGGCUGAGCCCGCUCCCGUCAGCACCAGCGGACCCAAGACCGGCUGCGGUUCCCGCCGCCGCCGCCGCUCCGCCCGCAAGGCCCGACGCAACGCUCUGUAA